GUGCACGUGAAAGUUUUUGAACGAUUUUAACCGUUUUAGCUACAACUUAGUAAGCGGUAGGAAAAGUAGUAAGUGUAUAAACAAAUGUAUUUCGAUUUCUUGGAUGCGUUUGUGGUGUGUCAUUGUAAUUCGUGGUUUUGAAACAAAAUUGGUUGAUUUGUCUGUAGAGGGAAGGAUAUGACUGAAUCCAGAACGGAAUUCAAACUGAAAACACCGCCAGAGGAUGGCAUAUCAUCUGUUAAAUUUGGACCUAACUCUGCACAGUUUCUACUUGUGUCUUCCUGGGACAGUACUGUUCGUCUGUAUGAUGUAAUCACGAAUAAUAUGAGGCUCAAGUAUACACAUGACAGGCCUGUUUUGGAUGUUUGUUUUCAGGAUGCUGUGCAUUCAUACAGUGGUGGGCUGGACAACACUUUGAAGAUGUAUGAUUUCAAUAGCAAUACAGAAACUAUAGUUGGUACACAUGAUAAUGCAAUUCGAGCAGUUGAGUAUUCUUCUGAGGUGAACGGAAUACUGACAGGAAGCUGGGAUGCAAGUGCAAAGUUGUGGGAUCCCAGGAGUCCACGGUGUGUUGGUACAUACACGCAGCCAGACAAGGUGUACACAAUGAGCCUGUGUGGUGAAAAGUUUGUGGUGGGCACAGCAGGGCGCAAAGUAUAUGUUUGGGACCUUCGCAAUAUGGGCUAUGUUCAUCAACGCAGGGAGUCAAGUCUCAAGUACCAGACACGAUGUAUUCGCUGUUUCCCCAACAAACAGGGCUAUGUUCUUAGCAGUAUUGAAGGCAGAGUUGCUGUUGAAUACCUGGAUACAAGUCCAGAGGUCCAGAAGAAGAAAUAUGCCUUCAAAUGCCAUAGAAUAAAAGAAGGUGGCAUUGAGAAUAUAUAUCCUGUGAAUGCUAUCAGUUUCCAUACAGGUUAUAAUACAUUUGCAACAGGUGGUUCCGAUGGUUAUGUCAACAUAUGGGAUGGCUUUAACAAGAAACGACUGUGUCAGUUUCACCGCUAUAAUGCAUCUAUCUCGUCACUCUGCUUCAGUCAUGAUGGCACUGUCCUUGCUAUUGCAUGCUCCUACAUGUAUGAACUGGAGGCACCACCAGAGAAUAUGCCAGAAGAUAAUGUGUUCAUCCGUUACGUCACUGAUCAAGAGACAAAACCGAAGUAAAAACAUGAAGCUGGUUUCUCGGGUGUGUCGGCUGAUUGAUUGAGUGACUUAGUUGAGUAAAUGAACUAGUUUGUAACAGUGCUGGCCAUCAGGAGAAAUCUGAAUUACACAUGGGUUUUCAUUGAUACUGAAAAUUAACACAUUAAAGGUACUGUUCUUUUUUACUGCAUUUGUGAACUACCUCAAAGUAUUUUCUGAAAGUUAGUAGAAAUUAAUGUUUGAAUCAUGGGCAUUGUCCAUCCCAGAGGGUUGGUCUCAAUAUUUAACUUUUGUCAGCAUUUCUUUUGUAUCAUCAGUGCAUGUGCCAUGGUUUCGCCAUAAUUGUUUCCAAGUUGAGGUUUCUUAUCUGUCUUACAUGAUUACAGCACUAUACUGCAGGAUAUUGUCAAGUAACCGUGCACAGAUCAUCUUCCAUGCAGCUUAUCUGUGCACCCAUUUUAAGCCAUUUGCAGCCCUGGCUGUGUGAAACACCUUGAGCAGUGCUGGAUGUAUUUUCAUGAAACUGGGUACUGAAGCAUUUUACAGAUAUUUUAAUUUUGAUUGGAUGAUUGUAAUGACCCCAUUGUAUGAAGAUGUACUGUGUAAUGACCCCAUUGUAUGAAGAUGUGCUGUGUUUCUGCUUGUAUCUUUAGUGUAUCUCGCUAAAUAUUUAUCAGAGCAAAAAUGUUGUGAACUACAGUUGUAGAGAAAAAUGAAUUAUAUUUUAUGUUCAGUACUUUUUUCCAUAUAUUAUCUGAAGGUCUGAUCAGUAUUGUUGAAUAUCUGUAUUCAGCAGUAUCUUGGGAGUAUAUAUAUUUUUUUUUAAUUCUUAGUGUACUUUUCCCCUACAUUGGUGUUGAUAAUUGGGAAGAUACCUCAAUUCUCUUUCAGCCAGUUUCUGUGAACUUGUCUUAGAGGGAUAGUAGAGUUUCCAGGUCCCAGAUCUCAUCCUUUUUCUGUUGUGUAGGUCAUUCCAAAGAAUUUGUGCAAAGACAGUGGUUGUUACCCCACAUCCUAAACUGGACAACCUCUUUUCAGCUGUACAUUGAGCAUUCCAUAUUUGGUGGCUGUCUCUUAUAUUCAGAACCUGAAGAUGUGAUAGUCCUGACUUACCAGUUUGAAUAUCAGCUAGAAAAUUAUUGUUAAAAAUGUGUAGUACUAUAUUUCAUCACAAAAUUCAUGUUCCCACUCCAUUUAUGUUUGUGAAGUUAUGGUAAGAAUAAAUUGUAUAUUGUACACAUUCUCCUCUUACAUGUGAAAGUUGUCAGUACCAUUUGGAAGGGUAUCAAAUCUGAAGACAGCAAGCAGGUGAAUGGAAUGAGCAGAAUUCAUUAUAUCGAACACAGUUUGACAAGCUACAGGUCAGAUUAUCUGCAGUACUACUUUUCACGUGUGUGGCUCUGAAAAAUGAUGUGCCAUGGUCAGUGCUUGAGGUGGAAUUAAACUAGAACCAGGAUGCCAUCCCGCCCCACCUCAAGCCCUGGCCAUGGUAAAGAAAUGUAAUGCUCAUGAAAAGAUCAGACACACUGGAAACUGUUUCAGUGUCAGGACCAUUUUCAGGACUAAAUAUACACUCAGUUGGACAUUGAUGAAAACUGGACUAGUUAGAUGUUGAACAGACAAAGAAGUGUGUGUACAACAUCCCAUGUGAACAUGGCAGAUGUUAUGUCGGCAAAAGAAGCAGACCUUCAGAAGUAUGCGUUAAGGGGCACAAAUAUAACCUGAUACUGGGUCUCUUUGAAAAUUAAAAGUAGCCCAACAUGUGUACGAAGAAGGCUGCAAAAUAUGUUGCAUAUUAAACCAGACCACAUACAGGAAAUGCAAUGAGCAUGCUCAUGUCUCCAGUAGACCAUCUGAUCUAUGAACCCAGCUUGAACAUCUUUCCCAUCUGGAUUCCUGUUAUCACAGCAGAAGUUAGAAAACUACAACUCAAUCCAAUGAAGAAUAAAUGGGAAAAUUAGUGUUUUUUAUGUUGGUAUCAUACAGAGAAUUUACAUAGGUCAUACUCAAAGUCAUGAGCAACAAUUUGUAAAAUAACAUGCUUUAUAAUUGACAAACAUAAUACACCACCUCAAUUUACAGACCUUUCUUUAUUUUUCCACAUAAUCGCCACUUCUUUGUACA